AUGAGUGCUAUAUAUAAACUAUCAAUACAAGGUAUAAGGUCUUUUGACUCCAAUGAUAGGGAGACAAUUGAAUUUGGUACACCGUUGACCUUAAUUGUGGGAACCAACGGAUCAGGUAAGACAACUAUUAUUGAAUGUUUGAAAUAUGCUACAACGGGUGACCUGCCACCUAAUAGUAAAGGUGGAGUAUUCGUUCAUGAUCCCAAGAUUACAGGCGAAAAAGAUAUCAGAGCGCAGGUAAAAUUGGCUUUUACUAGUGCCAACGGCUUAAAUAUGAUUGUCACCAGAAAUAUUCAGUUACUAGCAAAGAAGACUACGAACACUUUUAAGACUCUUGAAGGUCAGUUAGUAGCUAUUAGCAGGUCUGGAGGCCGUACCACUUUGAGUACAAGAGCAACAGAGCUCGAUACACAGGUGCCUUUGUAUAUGGGUGUUCCUAAAGCUAUCCUAGAAUAUGUCAUAUUUUGCCAUCAGGAAGACAGUCUUUGGCCUUUGAGUGAACCAGCAAACUUGAAGAAAAAGUUCGAUGAGAUCUUUCAAGCGAUGAAGUUUACGAAAGCUAUAGACAAUUUAAAGAUCAUAAAGAAAGAUAUGGCCGUCGAUAUAAAACUAUUGAAACAAUCUGUGGAACAUUUGAAAGUUGACAGAGAUAGAUCAAAAAACACGAAACGAAGCUUGCACAACUUAGAAGCCAAAUAUGCUGAGUACCAAGAAGACGUCAAAGCGAUUGAAGUCAAGUUAAACGAUAUAACUAGACGUUCUGAUGAACUCUUCAAAUCAAAUCAAGAUUUUCAAGAAGUAUUAUCCAAAUCAGAAAACCUGAAAACUCUCGAAUCCUUAACGUCAAAUGAAAUUGAAAGAUUAUCCAGUUCCAUAAAUGCAAUCAACUUGGGGAAAUCUGAAUUACAAGAUCUCUUAGAUAACUUCUCGAAUACAUUGCAUGAGAAGGAAUUAGAAGUUCAAAGGUUUGAAGAGGAAUUAUUUGCAAUGAAAGAUAAAUCCAAGGAAUUCCAAAACAAUUCAAAUAGUCUAGCUAGGCGACAAGGUGAACUAGAAGCUGAAUUAAAUAAGUAUGCAUUGAAUAAAACCCGAUUAACAGAUUUACAGAGUCAAAUGUCUACAAGAUAUGGUUUCGAAGUCUCAGUCGAAGCAUCAAAUUUCAUCGACCAGUUAAAACACUAUAAGGAAAAAUUUUGUAGUGACCUUGAUCGAUUCGAGGAAACUGAAUCCCAGAAGAUUAAAGAUCAAGAAGAAAAGCUGUCAAAAGUUAUCUACUCAGAUACAGUACAGGCGCAGAAGUUAGAUUAUUACAAAGCUGACAAGAACAAACUGCUCGAUGAGAUAUCAAAUAUGGAAUCAGAAAUUAUAACUUCCGAAUACUCAGAAGAUGAUUUAGAGAAGGAAAAGAAAAUCUUGGCUGAAACUACCUUGAAGUUAGAAGAAUGGGAAAAGUCGGAUGUGAUAAAGCAAAUGGGAGCUCAGUUGAAGGAGAAGAACGAACAAAUAUUGCUUGCAGAAAACGAUCUCGAGGAAAUUCAAGAUAAAAUCAAGAAAACAAAUCAACAAGCAGACCUCUUCGCAAAACUAGGUCUUUUGAAGAAGUCAAUUGCGGAAAAGUCCCAAGCUUUGGAAAAUGCAUCUACAUCACUCGAAAACAACUCAAAAGCGAAAAGCUGGAAUCUAAUGUCCAAUGACGACCUCGAUAUAGAUUUUAAGAAAAUUUAUAUCAAUUUACAGAAGCAGAUAGCGUUAUCGAAUAGGGAACUGCAUGAAUGUGAGAAGAAAUUUACAGAAUCCUCAUAUAAUUUGACUACAUUACAAAAUGACCUCGUUACCAACCAAAAAACUGAAAAUGAUAUAAAAAGAAACCUAGAAAAUGCGCUCCCAGAGGACUGUCCAUUAGGCGAAUAUGACAAAAUUAUUGAGGAGGCGGAGUUGUCCUACAGAACAGCCCUGGAAAAUUUGAAAAUGCAUCAAACAACUCUCGAUUUCAAUAGGAAGGCGCUAGAAGUUGCUGAGUAUGAUAAUUCUUGUUAUCUCUGUUUGAGAAGUUUUGAUACUGUUGAAUUCAAAAAUGAGAUAUUACAGAAUCUAAAGGCAAAAACUGAAGCGAAGUUUGAGACAGCUUUAAAGGAAGUAGUAAAGGAAGAGAAGGAAUUUUUGGAUAGUUUACGGUCCUUGGAGAAAGAUUUCACCUUACUUAACUCAUCAUGGGAAAGGAUUAAUAAAAUCAAAAUUGACUCCAAAAAGGCUCAGGAACUAACAACAUCUUUACGCGAGCAGCUUUUGACUAUGGAAACCAAGAAUAAUGAGCUAAAAGAAGACCAGGUUCUAGUUGAAAAGGAACUACGUGCCUAUGUGGAAACAAUUAUUACUUUAAAAAAGGAGCUAAAACAACUCGAUGCGGAAUCCAGUCAGAUCUUAGAGCAAUUGAAGAUUUACGGCAGUUCUGAUGGUGAAGUAUUUACAGUGGAUGAAUUACAGCAACUACAAAAGAAUAAAAGUGACCAUCUUCGUGGUCUACGUAAAGCUAUAAAUGAACUGCAAAUGGCAAGGGAAGGUAAAAUACGAGGGCACUCUGCUUUAAUCACCACAAUAAAGAAAAAAACAAUGGCUAUUAAUGAGAUGGAAAGAUCUUUAGUGCGUAAACAAAAUACGGAAAAUAAUAUGAAGUCUAAACGUAAUAGGAUCAAAGAAAUAGAAUCAAAACUUGGGCAGUUGACUUCAGAGGUCGAUGAAUUACAUAGUCAAAGAAUUUUUUUGGAGCAAGAAACAAAUAAUGUAAAAGCUGAAUUUAACAGUAAAAUGAGUUCUAAGAGAGAUACACUGAAUAAGAUCAAUAACGACAUAAACACCGUUUCUAGUAUUUGGAAUGAAAUUACCCAGUAUGACGAAAGUUUGCUUUCUCAAUGUACACGGGAGCUUGAACGCUCUGAACUAGAAUUAGCUGAAUUAAAUCAGCAAAUUGACUUCAAGAAUAACGAACUAAAUGACCAAAAACAAAAAUUAAAGGAUUCUAACAACGAAAAAAGAAACCUUUCACAAAAUAUAGAGCUACUAGAUCUGAAAAAGAAGCUGAAUGAUAUCAAGAGCCAAAUUAACAGUUUGGAUAUUCAAAAUGCAAAAGCGAAGAGAGACAAAUAUCAACAUGAAUCAUCGCAACUAAGGAAUGAGUACGAGAAGUUGAGCGCAGAAAAUGCAGGUAGAUUAGGAGAAAUGAAACAAUUACAAAAUCAAAUCAAUUCUUUGCAGUUACAAUUACGCUCGGAUUUCAAGGACGUUGAUAAUAAGUUUCACAAGGAAUGGGUUGAGUUGCAAACUAGAACACUAGUCACAGACGAUAUCGACACGUACUCGAAGGCACUUGACAGUGCUAUCAUGAGAUAUCAUGGUCUCAAAAUGGAAGAUAUUAAUAGGAUCAUCGAUGAGUUGUGGAAGCGGACGUACAGUGGGACUGAUAUCGAUACGAUCAAAAUCAGGUCUGAUGAAGUCAGUUCUACAGUAAGAGGCAAGUCUUAUAAUUAUAGGGUUGUAAUGUAUAAACAAGAUGCUGAGUUGGAUAUGAGAGGCAGGUGCUCUGCCGGACAGAAAGUUCUUGCUUCCAUUAUAAUCAGACUCGCAUUGUCCGAGACAUUUGGUAUUAAUUGCGGUGUCAUUGCUCUUGAUGAACCCACAACCAAUCUAGACGAAGAGAAUAUCGAAUCCCUAGCGAAAUCAUUAAAUAAUAUAAUUCAUUUUAGAAGACACCAAAAAAACUUCCAGCUGAUUGUUAUUACCCAUGAUGAGAAAUUUUUGAGCCAUAUGGGUGCAUCACAAUUUGCUGACCAUUUUUUCAAAGUGAGGAGAGAUGAUAGACAAAAAUCUCAAAUUGAAUGGGUCGAUAUCAAUAAAGUAAGUGAGUACUAA